AUGAAUUAUUUUAUAUUACUUCUUCUGCUUUUCAUUUUUCCAAUUCUAAGCAAUGCACAAACUGUUGAAUCAAAUAGUUCCUUAAUCAAUGCACCAUGGUUUUGGCCAUUAUUAACUCUUUGUCUAGCAUUAUUACUCAGUGUACCAUGUACAUUAAUAAUCAUAAUUAUAUUUUGUCAUAAAAAAAAACAAUUAAAUGAUUCUGAUGAAUCCAGUAUAGGUUCAAAUUCAUCAUCAUCAUCAUCAUCACCAUCACCAUCAUCAACACCUGUUCAACAACGAUCAAGACGAGAUCGUUCUCGUUUUCAACCUUCACAUUAUAUUGGAAGUUUUCCUAGUCCACCACCACCAUAUUCAACAAAUGAACAUCCUCAAGAUGUAUCUGUUACUUCUUCUCUUCCUCCACCAUAUGAAUCUUUUGUAACUGAAAAUGAAUCAAUACCUACGGCUACAAAUCCGACAGCCACAAUAAUUAAUGUUGAACCAAUAGAAAGUAUUGGUAAUCAAUCAGCAAAUUUAAAUGUUUCAUCCAUUUCAAGUAAUUCAUCAAUUCAAACAUGUGAAGUUUGA